CCGCAGGACCUGCAAGCCGCCCGCGCCCUUCUGGUGGUGGCCAUCGUCUUGGCUGUCCUGGGUUUAAUGGUGGCCAUCGUGGGCGCCCAGUGUACCCGUUGCGUGGAGGACGAGAGCACCAAAGCCAAGAUCACCAUCGUCUCUGGCGUCAUCUUCCUCCUCUCCGGCGUCAUGACCCUCAUCCCCGUCUCCUGGUCGGCCAACACCAUUAUCCGGGAUUUCUACAACCCGCUGGUGCCCGAGGCGCAGAAGCGGGAGCUGGGCACCUCGCUCUACAUCGGCUGGGCGGCCUCUGCCCUCCUGCUGCUGGGGGGAUCCCUGCUCUGCUGCUCCUGCCCCCCCAAAGACGACAGGUACCCCACCGGCAAGGUGGCCUACUCUGCCCCGCGCUCCGCCGUCACC